GUCUAAAUAAUCCCUACUGUAAUAGAGUUCUACUUGUUUCCCAUAAUUUUCCAAUUCGUCGUUGUCUGUAUCCGUUCUAGGACCAACAUUAAACCAACUUAAGUCGAAGCUAAUUAUUUAUAUAUUAUGGCGAUGAAAUAACAAAUGGUAUUUGGAAUGGAUAUGGGACAGUUUUAAAAUCAAAUUCACAUAUUCAACUAUAAUUUCAUUCAUUUCUGUGUUGAACAAAUGAUUAAUGAUAAAUGAAAUAAUACCGUAUUGUUGCCAAUUUGAUAAAUAAAACAAUUUUAUGAUUAAUAUUUGGUUGUUGUUUUUUUUUUUUUUUUUUUUUUCAGGAGAAGAAAAUGAAUAAUCUAUUGAUAGCAAUCAGUUUAGUAAUUCUUCUUGUGAUAUUCCCAUCAAAAUCAGAUUUAGAAAUUGAUGAUUCCUCAGACAGUGAUUAUGCUCAUAGCAAUGACGACGAUUACAAUGAAGAAGAAGAUGAAUAUACGACCAAAGGAGAAUUUGUUGAAACUGAUGGCAAGUAAGUUAUCUAAGGAAUUUUAGUAAUUUUAAUUUUUCCAAAUAUUUUUAAUGAAUUUUUUUUCUGAUUUGUUAAUGACAUCAUUCGUUGUUUGUAUACUAUCGAUAAGACUGUUUAUGAGUUGUCAAAAAUGUGGUAUUUAUUGCUAUUUAUAUUGUUGUAAUCUUUUUCUUUUCGAUUUUUUUUUUUUUUUUUGAAAAAACUUUUCAUUAAAUAAAAUAUUUUGGAAUAAUAAUUUCAAAAUUAACUCUGAAUUAUUUUCAUCAUCACAUAUUGCUUUAUUUGUACAUUUAAAAUGUGCUAUAAGUAAAGUUUGAAAAUAAAUGCAAAAAAAAAAUUUCGUUUUUUAUUUUAUCUAAAUCAUUUACAGAUGGAAGAAUUGCAGUUCUCAUGCAGAUUGCUAUGAUUAUCGUGAACCAAUAGCUUGGUGCAAACCCACUGCAAAUCAAUUUUGGACGUAAGCGCUUUUCAAUUAUUUAUAUUUUAAAAAUUUUAAUGUAUGCUUAUUAGCAAAUAUUUCAACUUUUGAAAUGUUUGAAUUUUUAGAGACAAAGGUUGCUUCUGUGAAGAUAUGUUGUAUUCAUGUGUGAUCGAAAGAACGAACAAUGGCAAAUUAGAAUAUUCAUAUUGUACAUCCAAAGAAAACUGGCAAU